AUGCUUCCCAUGCAGACCAAGACAGGUCAAGGCGAACCCUUCAAGAACAUGCGGCUGACAUGCAGUGAAAACGGAGUCCACAUCAGUGCUCAUACUAAUGCAACAUUCGAGUCGCCAGAAAGUUUCCUCGCGUCAUUCCUCCGGAAACACCUUACACGACUACACGAUGUCAAUCAAAUGGAUGGCGGAACAACAUCUAUCCGUGAUGAAAACAAAGUGCCCGGCUUUGAACUUUGGGGAAAACAUUGA